AUUUCUGCCUUCCUGAGAACUGGAUCAUACAGGACUCUGCAGAUUUUCCAAAGUAGAAGGGAAGAUGACCACGUUCAAGGAGGCAGUGACCUUCAAGGACGUGGCUGUGGCCUUCACCGAGGAGGAGCUGGGGCUGCUGGACUCUGCCCAAAGGAAGCUGUACCGAGAUGUGAUGCUGGAGAACUUCCAGAACCUGCUCUCCGUGGGACAUCAGUCAUUCCCCUGAGAUAUUUUUCACUUCCUAAGGGAAGAAAAGUUUUACAUGAGGAACACAGCAAACCAAAGAGAAGGGAAUUUAGGAGGCAAGAUUCAAACUGAGACGGACACUGUUUCAGAAGCAGAGCCACAUGAAGAAUGGUUCUGCCACCAAAUCUGGAAACAAAUUGUAGGUGACUUAACCACAUCUCAAGACUCUAUGACAAAUGGCUCUCGAUUCUCCAAAGACAGUAAUUUUACAUGCCAGGUUGAGGCAGGACUAUCUAUAAGUCACAUAAAACAGAAACCUCACCAGUGUAAUGAAUGUAAAGAAGCCUUCAGUGAUGUCGCCAUCUUUGAUCUUCAUCAACAAUUACACUCAAGAGAGAAGUCUCAUACAUGUGAUCAAUGUGGGAAAAGCUUCUGCUAUAGUUCAGCUCUUCGUAUUCAUCAGAGAGUCCACAAGGGAGAGAAACUCUAUAAGUGUGAUGUGUGUGGCAAAGAAUUCAGUCACAGUUCAUAUCUACAAACUCAUCAGAGAGUCCACACUGGAGAGAAACCUUUCAAAUGUGACCAUUGUGGGAGGGGCUUCAGUAGUAGAUCAGCACUUAAUGUUCAUCACAAAUUACACACAGGAGAUAAACCUUAUAAUUGUGAGGAAUGUGGGAAGGCCUUCAUUCAUGAUUCACAGCUUCAGGAACACCAGAGAAUCCAUACUGGGGAAAAACCAUUCAAAUGUGAUACAUGUGAUAAGAGCUUUCGUGUUAGGUCAAGACUUAAUAGACAUUCUAUGGUACACACAGGAGAAAAACCAUUCAGAUGUGAUACAUGUGGUAAGAGCUUUCGUCAGAGAUCAGCACUUCAUAGUCAUUGCUUGGUUCACAUAGGAGAGAAACCAUACAAAUGUGAGCAGUGUGGAAAAGGCUUCAUUUGUAAGCGAGAUUUUUAUAAACAUCAGAUGGUCCAUACAGGAGAGAAACCAUAUAAUUGCAAAGAAUGUGGAAAGAGCUUCAGAUGGUCCUCAUGUCUUUUGAACCAUCAGCGAGUCCACAGUGGAGAAAAACCAUUCAAAUGUGAAGAAUGUGGGAAGGGAUUUUAUACAAACUCACAACGGUCCUCCCAUCAGAGAGCCCACAAUGGAGAAAAGCCGUACAAAUGUGAAGAAUGUGGGAAGGGCUACAAAAGGAAGUUAGAUCUUGAGUUUCACCAGAGGGUCCACACAGGGGAGAGACCCUAUAAUUGUAAAGAAUGUGGGAAGAGCUUUGGCUGGGCCUCGUGUCUUUUGAAACAUCAGAGACUCCACAGUGGAGAAAAACCAUUCAAAUGUGAAGAAUGUGGGAAGAGAUUUACUCAGAGUUCACAACUUCAUUCCCAUCAGACAAUCCACACUGGAGAAAAGCUGUAUAAAUGUCAGGAGUGUGAAAAGGGCUACAACAGUAAGUUUAAUCUUGAUAUGCACCAGAGAGUCCACAGAGGAGAGAGACCCUUUAAUUGUAAGGAAUGUGGAAAGAGCUUUAGCUGGUCCUCAUGUCUUUUGAAACAUCAGAGACUCCACAGUGGAGAUAAACCAUUCACUUGGGAGUGUGGGAAAAUAUUUACCCAGAAUUUUCAGCUUCGUUCCCAUCAGAGAGUCUACCUGGCAGAAAAGCCAUACAAAUGUGAGAAGUAUACCAAGGACUUUAGCUGGACUUCAACUCAUUUGACACAUCCGAGAUGUGACUGUGAGAAGAACAUUGUUCUUAAUUCCUGCCUUAAAGACCAACAAAGAUCAGAGUGGGGAAAACCAUACAAAUGUGAGGACUAUAGGAAGGGCUACAACAGGUGCUUGAAUCCUGAUAUGCAUCAGAAGAUACAAGGAGAGGAACUAUAGAAUUGUGAGAUUGGUAUGUGCUUCAGUCAGGCCUUUCAGCUUCAUCAGAGUGUCCACAUUGGAGAGAAACCUUAG